UCUCUACGGCCGCUUUAUUUACGGUUUACCUCGUUUACGGCAUACGGAUCUUAUUAUUCAACAGUCCGACUGGCGAUACAUUACCGAUUAUAUCAAACAAAUACUACCUAGAUGAAGACAUAAUCUCGUGUUUAAAUCUUUCCACUUUUAUGCGAGGAGUGCUGAAGACCUGAAGAACUUGUAGAACCCAAACUUUAACGUCCCCAGCGCUAAGAAUGGCAGGAGAAUUCUACUUGCGUUAUUACAUAGGACAUAAAGGAAAGUUUGGUCAUGAAUUUUUGGAGUUUGAGUUCCGUCCCGAUGGCAAACUAAGAUAUGCCAACAAUUCUAAUUACAAAAAUGACACAAUGAUCCGUAAAGAAGUAUUUGUUCACCAACCAGUAAUUGAUGAGCUCAAACGGAUUGUAUCCGACUCUGAGAUAAUGCAUGAAGAUGAUGCACUUUGGCCACCACCAGAUAGAGUUGGCAGACAAGAGUUGGAGAUUGUUAUUGACGAUGAACAUAUAUCAUUUACCACUUCUAAAACUGGAUCAUUAUUAGAUGUAAACACAUCCAAGGAUCCAGAAGGCCUUAGAACAUUUUACUAUUUAGUUCAAGAUCUAAAAUGUUUCGUAUUUUCGUUAAUAUCAUUGCAUUUCAAGAUUAAACCAAUUUCAUAAAGCAAUUUUUUGAUAAAUAAAUUAAAUAUUUAACUUAAUACUUCACAACAAAACAGAAAAAUCUAAAUGUUCUUAAAAAAUAUGACCUAAUUUUCAGUUUAAUUAUAGUAUAAGUUUUAAUUGUUUAGCCUUUUUCAACUUUUAUAUAUUCAUUAUUUUAAGUUUUUGAAACUGUUAACAAAUUAAAGAAAUCACAACACUAGGAAUCAUUUAUACUGAUUUAAUAGUUUAUAUAUUAUUAUUUAAAAAAAUGCUUGUAAUCUAAGUUGACUUGUAAGUUAUUAUUUAUAAAUACUGACUUAUUUUGAUAUAUUUUCCAUUUUAUAUUCACUACAAAUUAAAUAAAACAACAAUUUUAAAACAGAAUAAAAAUCUUAAUUUUUAUGAUUACCUAUCAACAUAAUAUUAUACAUAUUUGACAUUGUCAGAUUUGUAGGUUGUAAAGUUUUAAGUAUUGAAAUACAAAAAUAGUAUUAGCACUAUUUAUUAUAUUAUUUAUACAUACACUAGCCAAAUAUUGUUUGAUCAUAUUUAAAAACAUAAAUUGUAACUGGUUUUUAAUUAAUUUUAAAUUAACAAUCAGCAAAUAGUGAUUUGAAAAAAGUAUAAAAUAUUUGGUUAAUAGCUAGGAACUUAAUAUAAAAAAUAAAUUAUGUAUGUAUUUGACUAAAAUUUGUAUUCAAUAUAUUGGCAAUAUUGUACCUAUGUUCUAUCGUUUAAGUAAACGUCUGUACAGUCAGUGUACAUAGCAAGUAUAUGUUAAAAAAAUCAUAUUGAGAUAACAUAUAUAUAUUUUAAUAUAAUAAUAUAAAAUUAUCUCUGUUAAUUA